AGUGUCCAGCGUCCGUGAUGCGAGAAAAGCUCUGAAUUAUGCCAACCCAAGCCACUACCCCCCAAGAAUAUCGUCGCCUUGAGCGGUGGAACGCCUGCGCAAGAACUAGCAGCUUCAGAGAUUCUGCAAUCGCUCGUCUGAUGCCUCUGCAAUAUCGUAGUGUAGAGGGUCUGGUGGAUCAUGGGCCUUCACUCGACUCACUCCGCCGCUACUGGAGCAGCUCCAACACUAGUAGUAGUGAUCAAGACAGUGGUAAGCAAGCUCCUUAUAUAUUUCCUUUCGCCGCUCUUGUGGACAAAUCUAGCUUCAAUUUGUGAUCCAGUCAAUCUUCAAAGAUCGAAGCCUUCGCAUUUGUGCUCAAGUUCGCACGUAUGUAUUGAGACGGUGAGCCUUGAUGUUUGUUGGUGGAGAGGCCAAAACGAAUCGAGGUUCCCUACCUUGCAAACUUACCAUCACCGAGAACCGACGUGGGGUUCGAGCCUCAACUCUACACAAAUGGAACAUCAAGGAGGGAGCUCCAAGAGAGGAGAACGCUCUCAGGGGCGCAAUGUUUCUAACAUAAUUGCAGAAGAAGCUCUCAAUACCCCAUCCAGCGAAGAUGGCGACCGACACAUCACAGCGGACCGAUCGACUCUAGCCCAGAGCGCAUACGCAGACGAGUCAUCGCCAGAGCUCUUUCACCGGGUCCAGCACGACAGCUCGAUCCUUGCACUGACGGUUUCCGACAAAUUCAUAUACGCCGGAACACAAGAUGGCGACAUUCUAGCGUGGUCGCUGGCUUCGUACGAACUCGUCGCCCGGAUAAAAGCACACAAACGAGCCGUCCUCUGCCUCACUCUGUCGCAAGAUGGCCAGCUCCUCUUCUCUGGCGCAGGAGACGCCAUUGUCAAUGCAUGGUGCCCAUACAGCCUCAAGCGCAAAUACCACAUCUACAGCACGUACGAUGUUGGCGACAUCUUCAGCGUGGCGUACUCGACCCAAUUCCAAACCAUAUAUCUCGGAGCGCAGAACACAAGCAUUCAAUGGUGCAGCCUGAAAGAUUCGGAUUCCAGGCAGACGCCGAAUGAGGAGGGACACCCAGAUAAGCGGAACCACAGGUUCUUCGACUCCAAGCAGGCUGGGGCGAAAGGGCCAACUCGCUCUGCGUCGCCUGGGCGCUCUGCUCAGUUGGCGACUGGCGGCGAUAUUCUCGAGAUUGACCAGGCGCAUAUGAAGCACUACGCACACUUUGGAUAUGUAUACUGCAUGCUCAUGGUGCGUGGUGCGAGCAGGCUGGUCGAGCCGGAUGAGGAAAUACUUAUAUCUGGUGGGGGUGAUGGGUCGAUCAAGCUUUGGAAGCUCAGCGAGGAUCCAAAUGAUGUGAUUGAGGAGAUUGCUUGCCUCGGUGAAGAUGAUGCGGAGUCUGUGCUAUCCCUCGCCUUGGAUGGAUCUUUCCUAUACAGCGGAAAGCUUCGGGGCGUCAUUGAGUUGUGGGAUUUUGACACUAAGCAAAAGCUCCGGGUUAUCAAGGCUCACAAUGGGGAUGUGAUGGCUCUCCAGAUGGGCUGGGGUUUCCUAUUCAGUGCUGGGGCUACCGGAUUCUCAAGGAAAUACAGUACCGUGCAGUAUGGCCAGUACAAUCGGAGCUCGGAAAACUUCUCCCAGAAGUAUCAGUGCAUGAACCGCUGGAAGAGCCAUGAAGGCAAGGUUAUGGCAUCCGCGACAACCAACUACAACGGCCAGCGCUUCUACAUUACCGGAGCUAGCGAUAGCUCAGUAUCGAUUUGGAACUUCAGCGAAAGCCACCCCAGGGCCAACAGUGUUGGGGAAUUCCAAGAAGACGUCCUUAUUAAGUCACUGCAGGAAUUUGUGUCCUACAAGACCAUUUCAUCGAGACCUGAUCACGCCGAGGAUUGCCGCCGCGGUGCCACUUUCUUGCGAAAGCUUUUCAAGAAGUAUGGUGCGGAGACUGAGAUGUUGAACACUGAUAACCACCACAACCCGGUGGUUUUUGCAAGGUUCAGCGGGAAACAGGCCAUAUCUGCGAAGCGCAAGAAGAUCCUGUUCUAUGGACAUUACGAUGUUGUUGGUGCCGAUGAUAAGAAGGGAAAUUGGAUUAUCGACCCGUUCCAGAUGAAGGGCAUCAAUGGCUACCUGUAUGGUAGAGGAGUGUCUGAUAAUAAGGGGCCUAUAAUGGCGGCAUUGUACGCUGUUGUCGACUGCAAAAACGAAGGGUUGCUUGAUUCCGACGUUGUAUUUCUCAUCGAAGGCGAGGAAGAGUCUGGGUCGAGAGGGUUCAUGGAGGCUGUCAAGCGCAACAAGGAGCUUAUUGGAGACAUCGACUACAUCUUACUUGCAAACAGUUACUGGCUCGAUGACGACGUUCCAUGCUUGACAUACGGUCUUAGAGGUGUCCUCCACGCCACCAUCAGCGUUGACAGCAACCACCCUGAUGUCCACAGUGGUGUUGACGGAAGUUUCAUGAUGGAUGAGCCGCUCUUCGAUUUGACGUCCAUCCUCUCAGAGUUGAAGGGCCGCCACAAUCACAUCAAAAUCCCAGGGUUCUACGAUAAUAUCCUACCAGUGACGGAAGCCGAAGAAGCCCGCUACGACGAUAUUACAGAUACCCUAAUCCGCCGAAACCCCGAGCUGGGACCAGCCUCCGCCCUCAAAGCAUCGCUAAUGGCUCGAUGGCGCCAGCCCAACCUAACAGUCCACCGCUACAAAGUCUCCGGCCCCGAAGGCUCCCUCGUAUCCUGCCACGCCAGCGCCGCCAUCUCUCUCCGCCUCGUCCCAAACCAAGAAGUAGAGGAUGUCAUCGAGUCCCUCAAAACCUACCUCAACGCCGCCUUCCAAGAACUAGACACCCAUAACCAUCUCACCAUUACCAUCGACAACCAAGCCGAGCCUUGGCUCGGAAACCCCGAUAACGCUAUCUUCCAGACUCUCGAAAAGGCAAUCAUGGAAGUCUGGGGUCCCAUCGAUCCUCCUACCCGGCCCUCCCCCCGCAAAGACACACCGAAACCACAGAGUGCUAUACAAGCCAGCCCAAGCCUCAAACCAACGCCCGCUACGGCUAACCUCCUCACCAAUGGCAACGAUCACACCUCUCUCGCGAACAUGCGUGAGCCUACGCUCCCCGCUGACGGCGACGAGGCGCCAAAGGGGAGGAAGCCGCUGUAUAUCAGAGAGGGCGGCAGUAUCCCCAGCAUCCGCUUUUUGGAGAAGGAGUUUGGGGCACCCGCGGCGCAUCUGCCGUGCGGGCAGGCGAGCGAUAGCGCGCAUUUGGAUAAUGAGCGGUUGAGGUUGACGAAUCUGUUUAAGAGUCGGGAGAUCUUUAGGAAGGUGUUUGUGGAGCUUCCUAAGAAAUGAGGAGGGGGGAAGGAGUAGGACAUUUGUUUGGAUUUUUAUGUCUUUGUUUAGUGUGCAGUGGGGGUGGGUAACUAUGCGUUCCUCGGGUGUGGCGCUUUUAGAUAGGGCUUGGUUGGAUCUGGAUAAGCCCUUUGGAGUUUUCAGGCUGGCGGACUUGUUUUCAGCGGGUAGGGCCGGUGGGAUGUCUGUUCUCAGGUUAAUGUAAUAUUAGAUGAACACCGGCGAUUCGCGGAACACGAGUUCGCAUGCCCAUAUGAACUCCUUGUGCUCCUUUAUGUUCUUGCCACGGUAUUCAGGUGGGCAUGCGAAGGCUAGCAUGGUUACGGCGUUGGGGGUAGGUCGACUGGCUCCCUUCUUCGUCGUCGGAUUCAGAGCCGGCCUGGCGUUUUGACGACGAUUCAGACCGUUGAGGUGGGGCUCGCGAGGGCUGACUGUGGUUCUCGUCGAGGUCCCCCCGUUGGAGCUGGUAUUCGAGUUCAUCGAUGCGGGCUUGAACCGCUCGCUGUUCGAGUUGCUUUCUUAGUUACGCUCUCGUUGGAGCAGGGCUUCUAGUGGGUCCUGCUCGUCGUUCUCCGGGUGGGGUUCUCCUCUCCCAACUGCCUCGCUCUCAAGGUCUGUCGACGGUGAGUCGUCCCUCCGUUCGUAGGUAGUUGUUAAAAACUAGCCGCUGGCUUCCUAUUGAAGCCAGCUCCGUCCUACAUAUACCCUUGUGCCGUGCUCUCCUUGAACCAAGGCCUUAGCGACUUUGGUACUCCUCUUGGUUAUCCUUGGUAUCCUCGGCCGGAGCCCCUGACCGUGACAAUUGUCGAUAUGGAAGAGCAAGCGCCCCUUUGUGCGAGGAUUCGAAACUGAGUAGUACACUUCUAAAUGUCACUGUAGGAGAGUACUACUGACUUCUCCAACCCAACCAAUAUUCCAGGCCAAGCUGCCUAUUCAUGACAGAUGGGACGACUGUCUCGUAACUCAUUGUAUACGUCGGUUUUUUGUUGUCUUCCAUACGAAAUGCGGUCGGUUGCCAUCGUCUCCCCAAACCCUUCGUCUUCCCCGGACACGACAAUUAUGGAUAGGAUAGGAUUGGAUUCUUUGCUGUUUCAAAGUAUAUUAUGGAAAAUUUGAAUUUACUCGAUAUAUUU